AUUGGCCUUAUUCGACAUGGCUACCCCCAUGCACCGGCUGAUCGCUCGUAGACAGGCUGAAGCUAAUAAGCAAAAUGUCCGUUGUCAGAAGUGCCUAGAGAUGGGUCACUGGAGCUAUGAAUGUACAGGAAAGAGAAAAUAUCUAUACAGGCCUACCAGAACCACUGAACUAAAAAGGGCAUUAAAAGAAAAAGAAGCCUGUUUAUUGCUGGGACAAACCAGUGGCAACAGUGUUGCUGAAACAAAGAUGAAGAAGAAAAGGUCUAGAAGUGUCACAAGCUCCAGCGGUAGUAGCAGUGGGAGCAGCAGCAGCAGCUCUGAUACAGACUCUUCUUCAGACAGUGAAGACACCUCCAGUUCUUCAUCAUCUUCAGAGGACAGUGACAAGAGCACCUCAAGCUCUUCAACUUCCUUGUCCUCACAAAGUUCAUCCUCCUCAUCUGAGUGUGACUCUGACACAAGUGCCAGCAGCACCAGCGCAAGCAGCAGUACCAGCAGUGAAGAAGACAGUAGCUCGGAGGAUGAGCCUUUGAGAAAGAAAAGAAAGAAAUAGAAUUCAUGAAGAGACCUACUUCAAAGCUUUCUCAUGGCGUCCUUAUAAAGAUUCUACUUUAUUCGAUUAUCAAAAACCUUUUGUUACAGCAAUUGGCUAGCGUACAUUUAAUACAGUUUUACUUGACAAAUCCCCAGCUCUGGUUGAUUGCUUUUCCGGAUCUCAAGUGGCAGAUCCUAGUUUCUUCCGUCUCUGAAAGACCAAAAAUGCCAUGAUACUUCCAAGUUACACAAAGAUCACCAGAGAAUUUAAAGGGCCACUGUAAAUUGGUGUAUUAGCUAUGGAGGCUUAUUUUAGUAUGUAAAUAGGUUCUUUGUACAAACUGUGAAACAAUCAAUCCACUUCUCUUACAUUUUAAAAUAUAAACAGGGUGCAAACUAGGAACAAAUGUUAAAUAUUUUUUCCUUCACUUGAAAGUGCUGACUGUACUCAUGAAGACAAUGUCUGUGAGAAUAUAUUUUUCGAGGGCUAAACUAGAGAGAGAGAGAGAGAGAGAGAGAGAGAGAAAUAUAUGUAAUAAUAAUAGGGUAAGUGUUGGACUGUAUUGUAGUCCAGCUUGUUAUAUUUUGUGGAGAGGAAGAAACCACAGACUUGAACUGUUGAAGUUCAUUUGUUAUGUUCGUUGUGCUGCGAGAUUGUAAAUAGCAUUUCAGUGUUCUGCCAGGUGCCAUGACUUCAGACAUAGUCAUUUGACCACACCCUGGGUGGCAGACUCUGCUAGUUUGAAACUUGAUACAGUCACCUUGUGUUAUGUUUUGGGUUACUGACAAUGUGUGCCUUUUUAUUAUUUUUUUUAAAGUGACAAAAAUCUAGUCUUAAAUUCUAAGCUAUGUAUGGAUUUCUUCAGUUUGUUAUCAAACGUGACUCUAUGAUUGGAUUCUAAAGUUCUAACAGCAACAAGCUGAUUUUUUAUAUUGUUCUUUAAAUAUCCUUAUUUUUGGUUCUGUACUAAUGUCUGUUAUGGGAAAAGAAAUAUUUUUGUUUGCUCAACUGUUAUAGAACUGCAAAUAUCAGCUGAGAUGCUGGAAAUAAUACAGCUAUGCCAGAGGUAGCCUGCUUUGAGAUUGUUAGGGAUUUUUAAAUGUUGAACACAACAAUCUACAAUGGUAACAUGGAAGAGCAGUUCACCUUUACAAAACUUAUCAUUGUCAGAUAGUAAAUUAUGGCUCAAAUAAUUCCUUUUUUCAUUUGCUUACCAUUUGUAGCAGUUUAAAAAUGAACUUGUUAAUUUCCCUUCAUCUUAUUAGUUCUGAAAGCAAGGUUGCCAACCUAAACUGUUCAUUUGUACAUUUUUGGCCUCUCAAUAAUGCCAGUGACAAAUGUAAGAUUUUCUGUGUGAUAGAGUUUUUUACCUUUGACUUAACCUUUAGUAUGAUGUAGAGAGUAAUAUUCUGAGACAAAGUGCAAUUGGUCAUCAUUUUUUAUUUGUAGGUAUUUUUUUUUUGGUUUUUUUUUUAAUUAUUUCAGCUUUCAUUUAGCAGCUCUACAUUUUUGGAGUUUCAGCAGCCAUGUGGUUGCUCGGUUCCAAAUUACUUUAGCAACCAGGGAGUGGUUUGAAUGAGAGACUGAUAUAUGAAUAGGAGAGGACCUGAAUAGAAAAAUAAUUAAUAAAAAGUAACAAUAACUAAAACUAUAGCCUCACAGAGCAAUAGUUUUUUUGGGGUCAGUAACCCCUAUUUCUAAGCUAAAAAGAGUUAGAAAAAAAGGCAAAAAAUUUAAGAAACUAAAAAUAUAUAAAUAAUGAAGACAAGUUGAAAAAUUGCUAAGAACUGGCCAUACUAUAACAUACUAAAAGGUGAACCACUCCUUUUAAAGCUCACGGAACAUGUUCAAUAUGAGCUAAAACUUAGCUGCUGCUCCUGAGCAAAGUUUUAACUAAUGUAUCAAAUUGUAACCACAAUCUGGCUUACUGAGCUGCUGCUGGCAAACAUGAGAGGUGCACAACAAAUUGAAUUUUUAAAAUGUACAAUUGAGAAAAAGUUUAAAACUAAAUAAAAGAAAAUAAAUUUGUGGGGUACUAUUUUUAACAUGCUAAUUUUUGUGGUGGUGAACUGUCUCUAAAGAACAGGUAUGCCAUAGAAAUAAAUACUGUAUUUUUAUUGGCAAACCUCUGCAAUCUGAAAAAAACAUAUAUUACUAAGCAUGUAAUUCCUGGUGUCAAAAUGGCAGUUUCUGCUGAACAAGCUAUGUUUAUUAUUAUUAUUAUUAGCCACAGUUUGUUUUAUUAUCGUGUAAAAGAUCUUUUGUGCACAGGUAGGCAAAGUAUUGGAUGCACACAAGCUUGAUCCUGUAACGAGCUUUUUAAGACAUUAGAGACAUUUCAGCUGGCGUAUUCAUACUUAUAUUUGUAUAGAAAUCCUAUUUUUUUUAACAAGCUAGAGUAAUGUGAAUAAAGUAUGGAACCAGUAUAUAAAGUAUCACAAUGGACACUUUAACCAGAAGACAACAUUUACCUCUACAUUAAGCCAACUUUGGUCAAUUGUACAAAAUGCGUGUGACUAUCAGAGGAGUUCACUCUCAUGUGAGUAGUGUUGGCUCAGAAUGGAUCUAGAUAAUAAAUGGGAGGAAUAUUAAAACUGUGGUUGGAGAGUCUGUUAAUGGUAGCAGGGUGCAACUCUUCAGCUCCACAUGUGUGUGCUAUUUUAGAUGUAAGGGAUAACUAAUGUACUUACUAUAGUGAGCUGUAUUUAGUUAUCCCUUUGGGCACAUUUAAACAUUUUAUCUGGUGUGUCAAAAUUGUCUUUCUAGACAAUAAAAAGCAAAGACCAUUGUUUAAUAAAUGUGUAAGAGGUGAUGUAUGUAUGCAAGUCUAAUUAUUUUGUGUCAGGUUCUUUCAAAACACAUUCAGAGUUUGUGUAAAGAAAGGGCCAAGGCUCAGCUCAAGAGGGGCAGCAGAAAAUGUCAUACUUCCAUCCCACAUUACUUUAAAUGGUACAGAGAGAACUUAAAGGCAUGGAUGUGCCUGGAAACCGUCAAGAUACAAGUCUAGACAAGCUGACCUAGGGUAAUAUUUAUUCUCUGAUUGCUUGAGGUUAGGAAUUUUGAUGUUAGUUUCCAGUCUCCAAGGUCUUAUUCACACUAUACAUUAGAAUCCAGUUUGGUUGGAUAGGAUUUUAACCCAUUAUGUGUAACGAAAUAUAUGAAAUCUGGUCACACCAUGUAUCCACAGGUCAGAAGGAAUGAGCUGCAGCAUUCUACAGCUUUGGUCCAGACUUAAGCAAUCUGACAAACUAUUGCAUCAUCUUUUAUCUUUACAAAGCCCUAUAACGGAAAUUGUGUGUGAUUUAUAUUUUUUCCUAAAGAUAAUUAAAAUAUUUUUGUCAUGUUUAAAGUACAAUUACAUAAGCAUGUAAUGAAUGCUGACUACUGCUACAUUGCUUCAGUGCUACAUGUAGUUAGAACCAACAGUGCAAAUGGUCAUCAGAUACUUCUUGAAAUACUAACCGUUUUUCUUUAAUUAAAUCAUUUUCAAUGAUU